CAUUGAAAUGGAGAUGUCAGAUAAAUGUCAAACGUUCAAACUUGUCAAACUCUAAUCCGGCAUAUUUAUCUUAUCACAGCCAGUUGCGCGAAAAUCACAAGCAGUAAUAGAAUGAUUACAGUGUCUGGUCAUAAAAAUGUUGUAAACAUACUUGCGUUCGAUUAGUUCCGCAAAAAUGACGGAUCCAUCUCCUUCUCAAGCGAUGCAAGAACCGACUGCCUCCACUGUGACAGUCGUAGAAACCGUCGAGCCCGAUGAACAGGAUAAUGAAUUACCAACUCUCAAGUUAAAGUUAAAAAAACCCAAAAACGACAAAAAAGUUAAGUGGACAAAUGAGACCGUGGAUAAUGAACAUUUGAAUAAAAAGAAAUCAAAAUGUUGUUGCAUUUAUGAGAAACCUAGGAAUUUUGAUGAGAGCAGUUCAGAAGAAGAUUCAGACGAUGAGUGUGAACACUGUAAAGGACAUGUGGAAAAGAAGAAGAAAAAGAAACAAUCGGGAGAACACCCUAUUAAUUGCGAUCACUAAGACUGCUUAUGUGGAUAUUUAUUAAUUAAUGUAUUCCAAGUUUGUACACUAGCGUUGUGGAAUAAUUUUAAAAUGGGGGACUGGUAAUGUUGUGUAAACAAAUGUGAUAAAAGCAAUGUAUUAUCAUAUAGAAAAAAUAAUGUGAUCAUGGUUUCCUUACUAAUUCACUUAUCAAAACUAUUAGUGUUACUCAUAUCAAAUGACUCGCCGUCAAACUAUUAGUGUUUUUGUAUCUUUAUAUUUUCGUCAUUAAUUUUGAAAUUGGGGAAAUAAGAGUUCAAACUUUAUACAAGGCUUAUAUUGUUAUCAUUUUGCUGUCAUUUUAUUAUAGUGUGUUUAAAGUAGUCUGCAUUUUUGGAUUUUUAUGUGGUUUCUGUAGAAUUUUAAUUUUUUUAGAACAUUUUAAUAAACUCUUAAGUUUUCCAUUGAAGCAAUAUUUUGUGGCUAAUUUGUGACAUCUAACAUGUUAACAGUACAAACCCGUAAAUAAUAAGAAGGUUAAACUAAUUUAUGAUUUGUUACACGCCAUUUUUAAAUUGUAAUAAAUCUUUUUUGUUUUUGUAACUUUA